AGAGUUCUGUGCCGCUAUCUUAUAGAAUUUGGAGAAACUAAGUGGCUAGUGGGAGGUACUCGAACUUACUAUCCGUUACUUUCGCCUACAGACAACAAGUAAAGAAUUCGUGCUGGACAGAAAUUCGCCAAUAAUACGUGCCUGUACUAUCCGUUACUUUCGCUUACAAACUUCAAGAAGUUCAAGAAUUCGUGCUGGACAGAAAUUCGCCAGUUACUGCAAGCGUACUGAAAUUAAUAGUUGAUCCUGAAUAACAGCUAACAUUUAUUUUAUUUGGGAUCAUUGCAAUGGUGAAAAUUAUUAUUGAUUGUGGUCUGGAUUAUAAUACCAAGGACUACAGAAGAAACGUGUUGCCAAAAUUUUCCCGGUGGAGUUUCUGGGGAUGGAUGCAACAGGUUCUUCCAAAUGCGGCCCUUGCUGGUCGUAGCUAGAUUCCUCAUGGUGGACCGCGAAAUACAACUGCUCUCUUGCUGUGUGUGGAAUGACGAAAUGGAUGCACAUUACCUCUGGAUCAGCAGAAAUGCAUAGUGAUUUUGAUGAGAAAUUGCCACCGAAGAAAAUCAAGAUAAAUUACAAGAGAAAUUACCACAAUUCAGGUGAUAAUUUGAUAGAAAUGUUACCCAGUAAGGACAGUAAUAACCAGUUGGUGUUACCAACAACCCAAACAAAAAGUAAUAGUUCAACUUCAAGUAGCAAUGGGACCAACUUCAAAAAGGAUGGUAUACAGCACAUGCUUAAAUCCAAAAGACAAAAUAUAAUCAAUCUGGAACUUACAGCUGCAAAUGCUGGACUACGCGUACAUAAUAAAAAAAUAAAACGUAAACCUCGAGCUUGUGAUUCUGGGUUGGCUGCCAAACGUCUGAAAGAAUUACAAGCAAGACUUGCUGAAGAAUGGGUGAGGAAAGGAACUUCUGAAGGUCGCAAAAGUGAAGAGUCUCCAAAACGAAUACAGAAGGUAGAAAGUCGUAGUACAAGUUCUUUGGGUUUGAGUAAAUGUGGUGCUACAAAACUGUUAGAAGUACUUCCAAAAAGGGUAACACCUGAACAUAAUAUUUGUCCUAAACAAAGCUACAUGCAAACAGACAAUCUUCCUUCAAAAAAACAACAUGAAUCUUGUGAAAGAGGUGCCAGGUACGACAGUGAUGAUAAAAGGUUUCUUGACCAAAAUUUUUCUACACAGCAUCCUUACCUAAUAGCUGCAGAGGAAACACUAGAAGAUGAACUUAUGGAGUGGGAACCAAUUGAAGAUGAGAAGAUUCUGUCACAUAUUCAAGAAGUUCGUGCUCAGAUUCAGCACGACAGUGGCAUUAAUCUUGAUGACAGAGAGAACGUGGACUAUGGUAGGAACUCUAUCUUUUCUGCUGAUGGAAAGCAACAGUGGUUCAUUGUUCUUGACACAAAUAUACUGAUUUCUAGUUUGAAGUAUGUUGAAGAGCUGCGUGAUACAAAUUUUAAAGGUUUGGGGUUCCCUGUCUUGGUUAUUCCAUGGCAGGUUCUGCAAGAAUUGGACAUACUGAAGGACUGUAAAUGCAGUAAAAGUUCCGCUCUUUCUGCAAAGGCAAGAAGUGCAGUAUCAUUCCUGCAUUUCAACUUCAUGUCAGAACAUCCACGAAUCAGAGGCCAAACAGCAUCAGAUUCAGUUCCAAAUGACUUCCAAAUUGAAGUUCCAGAUGAUGCUAUUAUUCACUGCUGCCUUCUGAUAGCACAGAGGACAAAUCGUGUGAUUCUUUUAUCAAAUGACAAAAACCUAUGCAAUAAAGCUAUUGUAAAUGGAAUAAAAGCAUACAAAAGAGCAGAAAUACAACAAGAACUUGAACAAUUGAGCUCCGACUCUGUACACCAAGUUCAGAUACAGUCUUCAUCAGGAAAUGAACUACCUAAUGGAAAUAUGGAUAUACCAGAACCAAUGUAUUCAUUAUCUACUGAUAAAGCAUCUUCUAUUGCUGACUCAGUAUUUUGCAAGCUGAAGAUGCUUUUAAAAGAGCUUCUCAGCAAGGUACUGGAAAGUGAGAUGUACAAAGUGUAUGAUAUUUCAUGGAAGAUUAUUGUUGCUGUCAAACCACCGUGGACUUUAUCAGACAUAAUAGUUUGUUUGCUCAAGCACUGGAUAGCAGUUUUUAGUUUUGUUUUACCAGCAGGAAUCAAAAGUACCUUAGAAUUUCUAAAUAGGGUUUUUGGAAAUGCAACACAGAGUAAAUGUUAUGGGUAUUCUUUACACGAGGUAAGGACAGUACUACAGGCAAGCUUACGCCUUUGCAUGGGAAUAAAGCCAAGCGAGUAUCGUAACUUGGUGUCAACAUGUGUGACAAAUAUAGAGAUACUGCAAAAAUAUUGUGAAUAACAUUGUCAGCAAUAACUAUACACGGUACGGAAGGUACAUUCAAGUCUCCUGUUAAAAUUAGGCAGAGGCCAUGAAAAUUGUGGAUUGAAAAAGUGCAGGAAUUUAAUCCACAUCUUUGUGGAGCAAUGUGUGAUGUGCAUUGUUGAGUUGGUGUUUGACCUUUGAAGGGACAGUAAUUGAAGUGAGUCAGUUACAUAUAUGGUAGUUAUGUUAAACUGUCACCACAACAGGAUGCACACUAUGAAGUCUGUUUCCUACAUAGCCAAGGUUAUUAAGUACUGUGUCAUCCAGGAUCAAAAGAUCACAUAACUAACUUCGUGAUGCUGUCUGAGUAAGUGUUUGGGAAUAAAUCAUUUGUAUUUGCACAUAUUUUGAUGCACUAAGUACUGGAUAUCAAAUUGUUUUGUACUUUUUUCAGAUGUUUCAGUCCGGGCAUUAUAAAACAAUUUUAAUUACAUUAUACAUAGUGUAAGUUAUUUUACAGGGACUGAUGAUACACAUAAAAACAAUGCUAUUGAAUAGGAUAUAUUUUUUAAUACUUCGUAAUAAUAUCCUAGAUCAUACAUGAUAUAGACAGCAGCGUAACAAAUUUUCAAACCGAAUGAAGCCUAGGUAUGUAAAUAAACUGAAAUUGCUAAUGGACCCAAAUAUGAAAUUUUUUAAAAAUAUGGUUAAGAAAAAACAUUCUUAUAUAUAUCCUAUGUAUACAGUGUAGUAUAUGUAUAUGGUUUGUAAUUAGCUGCAUGUACAAAUACAGUAUUUGGCCACAGCAUGGUUGUCUUGUAUAAUGUCCCAUACAAAUCUGCUUAGCCAGAAAUUAAUGAAUACAGUAACAUUUCUAUCAACCUUUUAGCUGUACUGAAAUUUUCACUUAUUCUGUAUAUAAGACAGCAUUCAAGACUCAGUUAACCUGCUCUCUUGCUCUUACUGCAUUUGAACUCUAUUUAUUUGCUUCAUUGAAGUUACACUCGCAACUUCUAGCUGGCAGAUGUUUGUAAUGGAAAAAUAAACUCUAAUAUGGGUAAUGCCAAUUCCUUGUGAGAGGUGACUUAGAGAUCCAAAUUGCCUGGCUGAAAUGUAACGCAAUAUUCGUUAAAUUAGGGAGAAAUUAUUAAACACAAUCAACAUAUCUUGUGUGCUGAAAAUAACCACAACAGAAAACUGCCUGAUGCGGAUGAACUUUAUUAAAAAAACAUGGAAUGUGCAGUGACUGGCGUUAUCACAGUCUAAUACUUGCUGCAAUUAAUGAUGAUCAAGCAAUUACACAGCAUGUCUGAUGAAUGAUAAUUUUUUAUGUUCAAUAAUUAUAUUAACAUUUGUAAAAAUAAAAAAAAAACACUGAUCUGAUCACAUGCUUUACCCAAACAUAAAUAUUCAAAGCAUGUCUGAUGAAUGAUAAUCUUUUGUGUUUAAUAAUUACAUUAAUAUUUGUAAAAAAAAACACUGAUCUGAUCACAUGCUUUACCCAAACAUAAAUAUUCAUCA